UCCGUCCCUUCUUUAUUUAAGGAUUCGGUCAAAAAAUUGCGUCUUUUUCCUGUUUUUCUUAGUCAUUUGGCUUUAAGUAUUGUUAGUUUGACGUCGGGUAAAGUUGCUCGGUUCUGGGUUUUUGUUGUUGGCAGUGGUGAUUUGUGGGAACGAUUGAUUUUGAGUGGAAUAGCUAUCUGGAAUCGAUUUUAGAUUCAUAAAAAUCUUUCUGGAAUUUUCUUAGAUGGAUACAUCUAAAGACUCAACAAAUAGGGAGAUCAGCAACUCUUCACCUGUUGCACCUAGUGAAGAGGAAGAAGGUACUAGUUUGACUGAUCACAAUGAAGAUAGGAAGAAACCAUCCACUGCAGAUGAAAAAGAAACAUCAAGUGCUAAAUCUGAAGACUCCGGCACUGGUACUGAUUGCCCUGAAACACAAAAGGUCCUCAAGAAACCUGACAAAAUUCUUCCAUGUCCUCGUUGCAAUAGUAUGGAGACCAAAUUCUGUUAUUACAACAACUACAAUGUCAACCAACCUAGACACUUCUGCAAGAACUGUCAAAGAUAUUGGACUGCUGGUGGGACAAUGAGAAAUGUCCCAGUGGGUGCUGGCAGGCGCAAGAGCAAGCAUUCUGGCUCACAAUGUCGCAACCUAGUGAUCCCUUCCAUUGGAUUGCAAUCUGGUCAGUUAGAAACUCAUAACUUGACUCAUCAAGUUAUCCCAUGCUUGCCUUCCGCACCUCCACGACCACUGACGCAAAAUGGGACAAUCCUUAAAUUUGGACAAGAAGUUCCUCUUUGUGAAUCCAUGGCAUCUGCGCUGAAUAUCAGAGAGCAAGUUCCAUAUUCUGAGCCUGGAUCUACCAUACACAGAGAAGACAGGGAAGAACCUUCCUGUGCAUCUUCGGCUACAACUUCUAAUGUCAAUGAAAAUGGAUAUGGUAGAAGUGCAGCAUAUAUGAAUCAGAGUGGAGCACAAGUUUCCGGUAAUGGGUUUAUUCCGCUGCCUUAUUUGCAGUGCUAUCCUGCAGCUCCCUGGGCUUACUCAUGGAAUCCUAGCACAACGAUGGAAGCUUCUCCAAAUUGUUCAGGAACAGUCCCUUACUCUUUCAUGCCUGCUCCAUUUUGGGGCUUCACCACUUGGCCCCAUGGAACAUGGAAUAUACCGAUGGCUGGGAUGAAUGGUUGUGCAUCUCCAUCAUCCUCUACAAGCAACAGUGGUUGUUCUGGAAAUGGCUCUCCCACGUUGGGCAAGCAUUCUAGAGACUCUUCUUUGCAGACUGAAGAGAAGAUGGAGAAAUCUUUAUGGGUUCCUAAGACUCUCAGGGUAGAUGAUCCAAAAGAGGCUGCGAAGAGUUCGAUAUGGGCCACCCUCGGCAUCAAACCUGAGAUCGGUGGAACCUUCCCAUCCAAGGCCGAAAACAAGGUUCAUAAAUUGGACUCUGAGCAGGUAUUACAUGCAAAUCCUGCUGCACUCUCUCGGUCACAAUCCUUUCAGGAAACCACAUGAAGAGUCUAGCACCAGAAAUUCUACACUAACCUUUUUCAUUGCAAGUGUUGCGCGAAUAGUCAUUGUACGGCGAGGACAGCAUUGCUUUAGAUAGCAAGAAAGCAGGAUCCAGAAGCUGACAGUAGAAAGAAUUUGCAUCAGCUACUUCUAAUCUAGCAGAUACAAGAACUAGACUUUUCGAAAUCUCUAAGUUCGUUCAAGAAAUCUGUUGUAAGUAAACGAGAAAAAAGGUAUUUGUCUGUAAUUUUUAUUGGUUGGACAUAGUUUAUCACCUGCAUCGCUGGUGAGUCACCUUAGCUGGUGAUUGAAUUCAUAAAUGCAAAAAUAAUUCAUAGCUGCACAACUGAAAGUUGUGCAUCUUUAAAUGAUAUUCUUCUAAAGGGAAUUUUACU